CGGAUGGAUUCGGACGGAGGGAGGUGUUUAUGAGGCGCUGGGGGCGGCAGAGGAGAAUUAGUCCGAGUGCAGCCACCGAGCGUGGAGGUUGUUUGAUAGGAACUUGGGCACUAGUAACGCUAACAGCAUGGCUGAUCAGCUGACAGAAGAGCAGAUUGCAGAAUUCAAAGAAGCCUUUUCACUAUUUGACAAGGAUGGAGAUGGUACUAUAACAACAAAGGAAUUGGGAACUGUAAUGAGGUCACUUGGGCAGAACCCCACAGAAGCUGAAUUACAGGAUAUGAUUAAUGAAGUAGAUGCUGAUGGUAAUGGCACAAUUGACUUUCCAGAGUUUCUGACUAUGAUGGCAAGAAAAAUGAAAGACACAGACAGCGAAGAAGAAAUUAGAGAAGCAUUCCGUGUGUUUGACAAGGAUGGCAAUGGUUAUAUUAGUGCAGCAGAACUUCGCCAUGUGAUGACAAACCUUGGGGAGAAGUUAACAGAUGAAGAGGUUGAUGAAAUGAUCAGGGAAGCAGAUAUUGAUGGUGAUGGUCAAGUAAACUAUGAAGAGUUUGUACAAAUGAUGACAGCAAAGUGAAGACAUUGUACAGAAUGUGUUAAAUUUCUUGUACAAAAUUGUUUAUUUGCCUUUUCUUUGUUUGUAACUUAUCUGUAAAAGGUUUUCCCCCCUACUGUCAAAAGGAUAUGCAUGUGUAGUAAUUAGGACUUCAUUCCUCCAUGUUUUUCUUCCCCUUAUCUACUGUCAUUGUCCUGAAACUUUAUUUUGGAAAAUUGAUCAAGUAAAAUAUGUUGCAUGUGGCUUACUCUGGAUAUAUCUAAGCCCUUCUGCACAUCUAAACUUAGAUGGAGUUGGUCAAAUGAGGGAACAUCUGGGUUAUGCCUUUCUUU